AUGGAGCACUGCGAGGCCACGCACAUGCUGCUGGCUGACCAGGGCCAGAGCUGGAAGGAGGAGGUGGUGACCAUGGACACCUGGCUGCAGGUACUCAAAGCCUCCUGUCUGUAUGGGCAGGUCCCCAAGUUCCAGGACGGAGACCUGACCCUGUACCAGUCCAAUGCCAUCCUGUGCCACCUGGGCUGCUCCCUUGGGCUCUACAGCAAAGACCAGUGGGAGGUGGCCGCCGUGGACAUGGUCAAUGACGGUUGGAGGACCUCCCGAAGCUCUGUGGCCACCUCCUCUGAGGAAGGCAAAGCCCAGUAUGUUCAGGAGCUGCCGGGGCACCUGAAGCCUUUCGAGACUCUGCUGACCCAGAACCAGGGGGACCAGGCCUUCGUCAUGGGCGACCAGAUCUCCUUCGCCAACUAGGACCUGCUGGACCUGCUGCUGAAUCACCAGAUCCUGGUCCCUGGCUGCCUGCACACCCUCCCCCUGCUCUCCUCCUACAUGGCUCGCCUCAGAGCCCGGCCCAAGCUCAAGGCCUUCCUGGCCUCCCCCUAGCACCUGAACUGCCCCAUCUCUGGAGCCCAAAAGAUAUGA